AUGAAUGUCGAACUAAAACAAUUAUUUAUGAAUCCUGGACAGCUCGUUGACGUACGUCUGAAAGAGCUUGCAAAUCGAAUGGAAUUUCAAAAAAUGAUGUCCGACCAUUUACUUGAUCAUUUGAAAAAAGAAAGAUUAAAAAAACAAAAAAUGGAGGCUUACGUAAAAAGUAAGUUGAAAGAUUUUGAAAAGAAACAAAAAGAAAUCGACAAACUAAAUGAGUGGAUUAAAAUGGCUGAACAGAAGCUGAUGGAAGCGGAAGAACAAAAGAAUGCUCAAAAUCAAAUGAUUGAUAUGCUUCAACGUGAAUUACAAGCGUCAAAGGAAGCUGACGAGGAAAUUGUGCAUAAUGCGAUAGAUAAUGGUCCAUCAAUGGAGUUCCGAUUUGAGCCAAUGCCGAAAGCUGGUUCUGUGACUGGAGCAAGUUCAGUUUCGAGUUUCAACAUCAGUUCGCCUUUUGUUUCUCCGGCUCCUUCUGAGGCCCAUCUUGAAUCUUUCGAUUCUAUUCCAUUGAUAUCAAGACAAGAUGCUUUAUCAUCGAUGAAAACUCCGUCAAAAUCCAAAAAAGAACCAUCUUCAUUCAGUGCUGCGUUCAAUGAGAUGCUUACACCAUCCAGGGCUUUUGUGAAAACAAUAGUGAGCUCGGAAUAUAAUGAAAGUCGCAGCUCGACAACGACGACGUCACCGCGUAAACGCGAACGUUUCACGGAACGCGAGCAGCGAUUCCCAAGUCCAGUGAGAGCAUUGCGGCGAAAUGCCUCGCAAGCUGGUACGUCCGUCAAAUUCGGUGUGGAAGUCCGCAACGGCUCGGUGAACACACUGGAGCUAACGCGAAAUCUCACAAGACACGAUUCUAUGGCAAGUCCCAGAACAAGACGUGUAUUAAAGGAACUACGGCCGUUGGAUGAAAAUAAUUUUUGUUUUGAAUGCGAAGCCAACAAUCCGCAAUGGGUUUCGGUGACGUAUGGAAUUUGGAUUUGUCUUGAAUGUUCUGGGAUCCAUCGAAGCCUUGGUGUACAUUUAAGUUUUGUUCGAUCGGUUACAAUGGACAAAUGGAAAGAUAUCGAAUUAGCGAAAAUGAAAGCCGGGGGAAAUCGAAAAUUCAAUGAGUUUCUUCAAUCGCAACCUGAUUAUAAAGAAAAUUGGACGAUACAGGAAAAAUAUAAUUCAAGGGCAGCGGCAUUAUUUAGAGAUAAAGUUGCAUGCGAAGCCGAAGGCAAAACGUGGAUUUUGUCUGAAUCUCCCGCACGGAAUUAUGUUCCUCCAACUCUUGGUGGUGGAUCGAAUGCCUCCAGGAAUACAAGUAAGACAAGUGGAAAUUCGUCCCUAGGAUCAUAUUAUGGUGGCAACUCAAGUUAUUCGCAAUCGUUAGGAGAUGGUGCUUAUGGAAAUUCCGAUGGAGGAAGCAAAUAUCAAGGAUUUGGAAAUGAACCAUAUGAUCCCAAUAAGCAAAAUAAUAGCGAUGAUGUUCUUGCGGGAGCAUUAUCAUCGCUUUCGAUGGGUUGGUCAAUGCUUUCAAAGGGAGCGACAACUGCUGCGGCGCUAGCCAAGGAUGUCGGAAUGCAAGCAACUCAAAAAGCUUCACAACUUACUAAUGAUAUGUCCCAGAACAAUUCAUUAUUUGGCGGUGUUGCUUCAAAGGCAACUGAAGUAGGCUCAAAAUCUUGGGACGGAUUGUCGCAGUUUGUAAAAUCCCCUUCACUUCAAGCAUUUUCUGGAAUUCUUGCAAAAACCGGAUACGAAGAUUUUGGAGGAGGUUCAUCAUCCAAGGACGAAUUCAAUGAAUGGCUUCAAUCUGCUAAUUUACCAAAAGGAACAUCAGAAGGCGCCAAUCAUAUUAGCAGUGAAGAGGUUGUCCAGAAAGUGUCAACUGAGAAAAAAGCGAGAAGUCCGAAGCCAAAAGAGACUCUAAAACCUACGGAAAAGGAAAUGCCGUCAAGCUCCACAAUUGCUCAAUUUGAAGCGUCGGUGGAUAAAGUGAAAUCGAGUGCGCCGAAGCCAGCGAAGAAAGUUGAAAAGGUGGAAAAAGGAUGGGACGAUGAUGCCUGGGACAUUCUAAAUCAAUAA